CUGAAAAAAAGGCCCAUAGAUAUUUUUGCAUCCAUUGAACUUGAAGCCUCUCUCUUCUCUUCCCUCUCUCUCUCUUGUGUUUCCGAUUAGGGUUUCUCUUCUCUCAACAAUAAUCCUCUCUUCCUUCUCCAAUUUCAGGGUUUUAGGGUUCCACACACAGGGCGUUGAUCGACAACUAUGCGAUCUUCAUGGGCUGAUUUGGCUGCGAAUUCCGCGGCCGAGAACAACGCACCUUCUUCCGCCACCAACAACUCUCAAGCUCCAACCCGUCCUGCUUAUGUGCCUCCGCAUCUCCGCAACCGCCCACCAUCUCACCACUCUCCGGCGGAAUCCUCUGCUCCUCCUCCGGCCGCCGCUCCCCGCUGGGGUGCGCCCAGGGAUGAUUACCGUUCCUCCGGGCCGCCCCGAUGGGGCGGCAACCGGGGCGGAAGGGACCGUGAAGUCAACCCGUUUGACGAUGUGGAGGAUGUCCCUGAGGAAGCGUUUGGUGACCAGGAGAACACUGGGAUAAACUUCGAUGCGUAUGAGGAUAUCCCUGUGGAGACUAGCGGCGGGAACGUGCCGCCGCCGGUGAACACGUUUGCGGAGAUCGAUUUAGGGGAUGCGCUGAAUGAGAAUAUUCGCCGCUGCAAGUACACGAGGCCCACGCCGGUGCAGCGGCACGCCAUUCCGAUUUCCUUGGCUGGGAGGGACCUGAUGGCGUGUGCACAGACCGGGUCGGGGAAGACGGCGGCGUUCUGCUUCCCCAUCAUCAGUGGGAUCAUGACGGGCCAGCCUGCACAGAGGCCGCCUCGCGGGGUGCGCACGGUGUAUCCGCUUGCCCUCGUUCUGUCGCCGACUAGGGAGCUGUCGAUGCAGAUACACCAAGAGGCUAAGAAGUUCUCAUACCAGACUGGGGUUAGGGUGGUUGUUGCUUAUGGUGGAGCUCCAAUAAACCAGCAGCUACGCGAUCUUGAGAGAGGUGUGGACAUUCUUGUUGCAACUCCAGGAAGACUGGUAGAUUUGCUGGAGAGAGCUAGAGUCUCACUGCAGAUGAUCCGAUAUCUGGCCUUAGAUGAGGCAGAUAGGAUGUUGGAUAUGGGUUUUGAACCACAAAUACGGAAGAUUGUGGAACAGAUGGACAUGCCUCCACCAGGUUCCAGACAGACUAUGCUGUUCAGUGCCACGUUUCCGAAAGAGAUACAGAGACUGGCCGCUGAUUUUCUUUCAAAUUAUAUUUUUCUGGCUGUUGGAAGAGUGGGCUCAAGUACUGAUUUAAUUGUCCAAAGAGUUGAGUAUGUUCAAGAGUCUGACAAGAGAAGUCACCUCAUGGACCUUCUUCAUGCACAGAGGGCAAAUGGUGUACAAGGAAAGCAAGCUUUGACUUUAGUUUUUGUGGAGACAAAAAAGGGAGCAGAUGCUCUGGAACACUGGUUGUGUCUAAAUAACUUUCCUGCAACUACUAUUCAUGGUGACAGGUCACAACAGGAAAGGGAAUUUGCUUUAAGGUCAUUUAAGAGUGGCAACACCCCCAUAUUGGUUGCCACUGAUGUGGCUGCACGUGGUCUUGAUAUUCCGCAUGUUGCCCAUGUAGUUAACUUUGACCUUCCUAAUGAUAUUGAUGAUUAUGUACACCGUAUUGGAAGGACGGGGCGAGCAGGAAAGAAAGGCCUUGCAACUGCAUUCUUUAAUGACAACAAUGCAUCCCUAGCAAAGUCUUUAGCAGAUCUGAUGCAAGAAGCAAAUCAAGAAGUACCUGCCUGGCUCUUGCGGUAUGCUGCUCGCUCUUCCUUUGGUGGAGGAAGGAACCGUCGAUCAGGAGGCCGUUUUGGUGGCCGUGACUUCCGAAGAGAAGGUUCUUUCAGCAGGGGUGGUUCUGAUCACUACGGUGCAGGAAACAGCGGUGGUGGAUAUGGGGCUUCUGGUGGGUAUGCUGGAGGAUACGGUGGUGGUCCUGGGGUAACCAGUGCAUGGGACUGAUUUUUCAACUUUUGAUAGCAUUAUAUACUGUCUUAGGUAUUAGGUGCAGACAUACACCUAUAGUAUGAUUUUCACCCUUUCUUUUAAGUUUAUGGCCUUUUAAUUUACUUCUUUUGUCCUCCUAGUGUUUUCAAGCCAACUUCAUUUUUUACGGUUUACGAAAUGCUAAUCACCGAGGGAGAUGUGGGUGUGUGGUAUACUGGUAUUUUUACCACAAUAUUAGAGGUUGUGUUGUAUGGUAGUAGGAGUUGGCAAUGCCGAUUACUAACAUGUGAGGAGUUUAUUUGACAACUUUCCUACUCAUCAUUUUGGGUGGUUAUUACUUAUUUUGCUGAGGGAAUGAAUGUAAACUAUUUGAUGGGACAGGUCGAGGCUUUUCUUUACAGUCGUAUCUAUUUAUAUCUUGAUCAUGUUUCUACCAAAUAUAUGUUGCACUUGCCAUUUUAACAAUCCCCCCCUAUGGCUAAGAUUUUGUAAUAUUUUACUGGUCACUGAAAUGAAUGAAAAAUUCUCUUGUUGGAUGUUUC